GGUCUCGUAAGAUUCCGAUGCGCAGCGACGAGGGGAUGUUCAAUCAGUACAAUCUCUCGUUUCGCACUUCCGAUCCCAUUCAUUUAGAGCAGGCAUCAACGAACAUUGGGGGAGCGGACUUGCUGGAUCUCCGCUGGGAAUGAUAACUAGCGAGAGCUAAAGCUUGAAUUCGUGCCCGCAAACAUGCUGAGCUUGGAUCGCGCCCACAAGUACCACUUGGAGCACCUCAACCAAUUCAAUGCAGAAGUCAUAGCGGAAUUCUGCAAACUCGCCGUGCAGAGUCUCCUCGCCGGGGACCUCUCCCAAAAUGAGAAAUUGUACGCCAAAGCCGCCUCGCGGUUGCAGAGUGAUACAGAGAUCGUGAACCAGAGCAUCGAAGCCCUCGUGGCUCUGUUCAAGCUAGCGGCUCGAAGGAAUCUGUCCAAGCUUCAAGAUUCUCUCGUUCUGACUCAACUGAGUCAGACGCACGUAGAUAUAAUCGCAGAGAGCUACGUUGAGGUGCACCAUGUAAUAGAACGACAUGUGAAAGAGAUCUUGCCAACCCCACUAUCGUAUCGUAGCUUGGAAUGGCGACUGGCUGCUGUGAUAGCCACGAGGUCGCUCCGAGGUCUGAUGGAUCCGGUACUCACGCUACAAUUCCAAUUGAUAGAUUGCAAUGGCUAUCCGAGAAAGGUCAUGUUGGAAUGCAGCAUAGACAACCUGCGUAAAUUGCGGGAUGUCGUCGAAGAAGCGCUUCUGAUGGCGAAGUCGAGACGGGUCCGGAAAGUCACAAGAAUGCUGACGUGAUGGGGAAACUACACCUAAUGAUAUGGAUAAUGUCGCACUGUUCCUUCAAGAUUCGGAUGGUUGAGACUAUACGUGUAGAUGGAAUUUUCCAAUUCUUGCAUUGUUGAUGAUGAUUUCUAGAUAUAAACUAUAUUUGUUGUUAUUU